GAGAUUAUAACCUGAGCCGCAGCCGCAGGCUUAACGCACUGAGCCACACAGGCACCUCUCAAAUCUGAUUUUUGAAAAAAUCAAUCAGGUACACGAAUAAAGGUGAGGACUGGAGAGCAAGAGAAGGCGUAGCAAUCUGAGGGAUCUGGGGGGAAAAAAAUCAUGCUGGAAGUAAACCUGAGAGGCCAAGAGCACAACUCAGCCAUUUUACUCAAGUUUCAACAAGGCUGCCCAUCCCCGCGUGACGUCAGAGAAGACUUCAAGCAGCUGAAGAUACGCCUAUCGCGAGAGGAAAGACAGCCCGCGAGCGAGUGUACGCCAGUCCGGCCCCGCCUUCCCUGAGCCCCACCCACUCCCCGGUCCUCACUCCCACCUUUAACCAGCCACGUGUGACGCCAUGACGCAUGCGUGGCCGCGGCGCGGGGGGCGGGCCCGCGGCGCGCCACCGGAGGAGGAAGUGGUGCGGUUGUUGCUCCCUCUGCGCCCACUGCUGGCUCCCGGGGCGCGGAGAGGGGCAGCUGCCGCCGCCGCCGCUCCGUCGCCCUGCUUACUACUGUUUCUCUCCAUGUGCUCCGGCGCCGUCGCUCCCCUUCCUCAGGCCGCCGUUUACCCCGGGGUCUAUGGAAGUAAUGGAAGGACCCCUCAAUCUGGCUCAUCAACAGAGCAGACGAGCAGAUCGUUUAUUAGCUGCAGGAAAAUACGAAGAGGCUAUUUCUUGUCACAAAAAGGCUUCAGCAUAUCUUUCUGAAGCCAUGAAGCUCACACAGUCUGAGCAGGCUCAUCUGUCACUGGAAUUGCAAAGGGACAGCCACAUGAAACAGCUCCUCCUCAUCCAGGAGAGGUGGAAAAGGGCCAAGCGGGAAGAGAGACUGAAAGCCCAGCAGAGCACAGACAAGGAUGCGGCUGCCCAGCUCCAGGCCCCGCACAAACCCCCUUCUGAGGAUGCAGAGGGCCAGAGCCCCCUUCUCUCUGAGAAAUACAGCCCUUCCACGGAGAAACAUCUGCCUGAAAUCCAGGGGGUCUUUGACAGGGAUCCAGACACACUGCUGUUUUUACUUCAGCAGAAGAGGGAGCCAGCAGAGCCGUGCAUUGGAAGCAAAGCCCCCAAGGACGACAAGACAAUCAUAGAGGAGCAGGCUACCAAGAUCGCAGAUUUGGAGAGGCACGUCGAAUUCCUCGUGGCUGAGAACGAAAGGUUAAGGAAAGAAAACAAACAACUAAAGGCUGAAAAGGCCAGACUUCUAAAAGGCCCAGUAGAAAAGGAGCUGGAUGUGGAUGCCGAUUUUGUAGAAAAGUCAGAGUUGUGGAGCUUGCCACCACAUUCGGAAACUGCCACAGCCUCUCCAACCUGGCAGAAGUUUUCAGCGAAUACCGGCAAAGCCAAGGAUAUCCCCAUACCCAACCUUCCUCCCUUGGAUUUUCCGUCUCCAGAACUUCCCCUUAUGGAGCUCUCUGAGGAUAUUCUGAAAGGAUUUAUGAAUAAUUAAAAUGAAAGGCCAUAAAGGAGCUGAGAAGAAAGGACAAAAUAAUAGAAUAGUAGUUGAUCCAGAAAAAAAAAGGGAAAACCACACGCAAGGGUGAUUCCAGAGAUGCUUCGUCGUCUGGCGCACUGUGGGAAGAAGCGUCGCCGGGACUUGGGAAACAGUCACUGUGAAGUAUGUCAUGUCCGAUUGACUGACUCCAGCUGAUUCCAGACUUGGCAGACACUAGACUCUCGGAGGUUCACUUUCUCCUGAUACAAACCAAAUGGCUACCUGGAAUAACUUUUUCAAGCAACAGUUAUUUUUCUUAUCUUCAGGGUUAAAAUGUAUAAAAGUAUGUAUGAUUAAUCUAUAAUGCCAUAAAUGAUAAUGCAAAAACCUAAAUAAUAUGGUGGCCCUAGGGGCCACCUUGUGUUUGAAACAUGCUUUCUAUCAUGCAUUGACUGUAUGCAUUUUGUUAUGCACAUUUCGUUUGUUGAAUAAGGCGUGUGAGACACACCUUUCUAGAUGAAACUGUGCCACACUUUGCACUACUCACGACAUAAUGAGAACCUCAAGACUAUCAGGAGAAAUAUUUAAAUUUCCAUUUUAUGAAGAAAGGAACCAAAUUGUUAGUUAUGCUUUUUAAAAAAAAAUUACCGGUUUACAUAAUUAAUCAGGGUGCAUUUUAAGUUCUAACUUUUUUGUUUAUCGUUUAAAUGUAUCAUUUGAAAAUACUAAGGAAAUAUCCUUUACUGAUGCAUGAGUGGAAGUAAUGGUAGUUGACAGUGUUUGAUUGUAAGAGAUCAAUAAAGUAAUUGUGUUUUAUACCUUU